AUGACACAAUUCAAUUUUCAGUAUCAGAAAAAGGUGAAGAGAAGAGUGGUUGAGUAUGCCAUCGUUGUCGACAUUGUCGUCCACGGAAAAUGGGAAAACUCGACUUAUGGCUUCUCCAAUCCCAUUUGUUCUACUUGCGAUGGCUUGGUUUUGUUCCGGCACGACAACAAUGACCUUCUGUUCUGUGUUGCAAAUCUUGUCACCAACCAAAUACUGACCCGCCCUCCAUUAUUCGAACCUAUUCGAUGUUCGUCCACUCUUUCUACUUUAGUGUAUGCUCAUUCCAGCAGGAAAUACAAAGUUGUCCGUGUCUUCCCUGUCAAAUCACUCGAAUUCAAGUACGCGAUAUUGACUGUGGGUGCUGAAACUCCAUGGACACUGAUUGAUACUAAACUUAUUCCGAAUACUGAUCUCUACUUCUCCGAAACUCACUCUACACUAUUUGCCGGAGGGUAUCUUUAUUGGACUCCCGGUUCUCGAGUUUCGUGUAGUUAUCUUCUAGCUCUGGAUGUUGAGUCUGAGAAAAUGCACAGGCUUCCGAAUCCGAAAUCGUUCAUUGGGAAAGGGGGUUAUUUUAUAGUGAAGGAAAGCUUUCUUGCUUUCAUGGUUCGAAAGUAUUUUUUGUGCGAGGUUUGGGCGUUGACAGAACUAAACAAAGGGUCGGAGUGGACAAGGCUUUAUAACAUAGACUUAUCUGGUCACACUGUCAUGCUUAAUGAAGUGCUCGAUCCCUAG